AUGAGAACGGAAGAUUUCUUUAAUCCUGUUGAAGAACGUGAAAUAGAAGAACUUGUGGAUGAGAAGACAAUAAUUCAAUUAAUCCAUGAAAGUCGGGAUGAGGGAGAAGAUAAUGUGGGAGAUGAGGAGGGAAAUGAGUCCCACUAA